GUCUGGGCGGCUGCGGAGCAGAGGGCGAGCGGCGGAGAGGCGGCUCAACGUGCCGCGCGCGCUCUACUCUUACUCUCUGACUCGCUCUGCUGCCGCGCCGGCGCAGCAGCUGUGCCGCGGCAGAGAGCAAGUCGCGGCUCGCAUGUCGCCUCGGCGCCUUCUCCUCCGUCCGGGCAGUAAGAAUGCCGCGCGGCUCGACUCGCAGCGCCGUGCUUCGGCGCAUGCCGAUCACCCGAGGCAGCAUCAGCAGCAGCCGGGCCCGCCUCAUAAGCCAGCCGGCGCUGCGCACCGAGCCGCUCCGGCGCCCCACUCACCAUCUCCUCUCGCGACACCUCCCGCACACGCCGAGCCAUGAUGCUCGCACACACGCCCGCCUUUCUCUCGCCCGGCGGCAGCACCGCCAGCGGCAGCAGCUGCGGCGGCGCCGCUCAUUUCGCAACCGCCAUCCGCGGCGCCGCACUCGCCAGCAGCGACGACGGCGAGCUGCACGACCCCAGCUACGCCGAGAGCCUGCGGGCGCUGCACGCUCGCAUCGGCCAGGCCUCGUCGUCGUCGUCGUCAUCCACAGCCGCGGCAGCGGGCAGCAGCCGCAGCGGCACGCCGCGCCGCCGCAGUGCGCUCCUCGCCGCGCACCCGAGCCCGCGCAGCAGUCCGCGCCUCGGCGGCAACACCUCGCUGCCCACGACGCCGCGCCUCGGCGCUGCGGCUGCGAGCGACAGCAGCAGCGACAGCGACAGCGACGCCGAGGACGCGGCCGCCGACGCGCUCUACCGCCGGCGCCUCUCCGCCAGCUCAUCGGCCCAGCACGACGACGACUACAGCUCGCGCCCGCCGUCGCUGAGCACCACGCGGCGAGCCUCGUCUCGCCGUGCAUCGUACGCCACGGCCGACCUGGGCUGCACGACGAGCGGCUCCGCCUCGCCCUUCACGCCGGGCACGCCGCUGCUGCUGUCUGCCAACUGCAGCCGCACGCCGCGGCGCCCCACGUCGCGCGACUCAACAUGCAGCCGCACCGGACGCAGCCUGCUCUCGCUCGACGCUCCCUCGUCGCCGACUCUUGCAUCGAGCGGUGGCUGCGCUCGCCGCGGCAGCCGCAAGGCGGCGCAGCAGGAGACGACGGCACUCGACAACUGGGCCGGCGGCUUCACUGGCAUCGUCGACGUCGAGCGUCGCCGUGCCACCUCGACACACUCCGAGGAGCCGCAGGCCACCGCCGAGGCGCAGCCGACCAGGCAUGAGGAGCGCAAGUCGACGCGCCGCGCCUUCUCUGCCGCGCCGCUCGGCCACCGUUCCCGCUCUGCGCCUCGCUCUCGCCGCGCCGAGUCCGCUCCGCCGCCGCACGACGGCCUGAGCGCGCCGCACAUGGCGCCCAGCUCGUCGGACAGCGGCAGCUCGAGCCACAGCCACUCGUCGCGCCCCGCACUCCCGACGCCCAGCCGGCUCUCGUCCAACGGCCGCCCCAUGCUCUCCACGAUCAUCUCCAGCGGCGCACCCGAGCGGCUCAUCCGCACGCGCACGCCCCUCGACACCAACGCCGACGCCUCGGACAGCGAUGUCAAGGCCUCGUCUGAGCACGUCGCUGCCGACGCCGAGAAGCGCAGCCACGCGCUGCGCCGCUGCGUGCAGAGCGCCUGGCUCGGCGUGCGCUUCAAGGCCCUCAAUGCCAAGCGCCGCCUCGGCAAGCACGAGGCCGACGAGAAGGCCUGGUAGACGACAGCCCCUUCUGCGACGCUCUGCUCCCUUAUGCCACACAUGUCCUCUCCAUCGCUACUCUUAUACCGUUCAUGAGGCCAACUCGCCAUCCCUUUUUACGUCCACUCGCGCAGGCACGCCGGCGCGCCCUCGCUGUACUCUGCCCGCCUUCGCCUUUUACCCAUCCGCCUAUACCUCUUCGUCACUCUUGCUCGAUCUGAAUACAAGUACAU